AUGACCUCUCAAGAGCUGCAAUGGUUUCGCCAAGAGCAGGAGAAGGAGUUCAUAGAGCUCGCAGUGAAGCUUUCCAUCGAAGCUAAGGAAAAAGAACCCCCCAACGAAGUGGCUCCAGCUCUUGACAUCAGUGCCCAUACUCGGCGGUUUCUUGAGGAAGAGCAGGAGAAGGAGCUGGUUGAAAUGGCGAAAAGGCUUUCCUUGUCAGGUCGAGGCUACACGUGCGAUCUAGCUGCCAAUGUUAAGCAUGCAAUGAGGGAGCCUGAACAAGAUGAUCCUGAAGAGCUUGAAGUUGAAAGCCCAGUCAAUCAAGAGUCCAGCAUUCGAGCUCAGGGAGGCCGUGGCAUGUUGGCUACUAACAAACACUUUUCCGUUGUCCCAGCGAAAGCCACAACCAAAGAAGUCAAACCUUCAAACCAGGCAAUGAUCUCUCUUCGUGGAGUGGCCAUCUCAACAUUCGAACAGAGUCAGCAUAAGACAGCUUGUCAUCAAGAAAAUGAUAAAAUGCAAGAGGCAGUGGUAAAUGGCCACCAUGAUCAGAUCGACAAGCCAACGACAAGAAACUCGAUUGCACAACUCCGUCUCAAAAAGCCACAUUUGUUUCGGAGGUCACUCCAAGCCCGUGGUCGUCGUUCGCCUGCUACGACCCAAUCCCCAGCAUCAUUGGUCCCAUCCCCGGUAACAUCAUCAGUAACAGGCAAGGAAGCCCACAAACCAGCCAAGCGCCAUUCCUGUUCAUCAAGCAUUCCUAGCUCUGGCGGUGGUACUGGCUUGAUGAAUCAUAGCGGUGGCUGUACCUUCGAGCGCUCCUCCAGAUCCAGAAUUCAAAAACAUGUUGGUGAGCGUUCUCGCAGACGUCAGUCGUGCUGCAAUGGUAGAAACAGUCAGAAAAAGGUGGAUAGUUAG